UGGUUGGAAGGGCCACAAGGUUAGGGGCCUCCAGUCUCCCAUAUCACAUUAAAAUGUCUCUUUACUCGGAAUGAAUGUUAUUUUUCCUGCCGUUACAUGCACACACUCCAACGCUCCCUUUUUAUAGUAAAUCUGGCCUGAUAAAAUGUUGCAUUCAGCUUAGGUUUAUCGCAGUUAUACUGUAUUUUUAUUUCAUAGCUGCCUAAUGAGAACUGGCAUGGAGAGUUUUAUCGUGUGGCAAUACUUUGCACACAUUGCUUACAUCAAAGAGAGCAUAAAGUCGACUGUAAUUAUACUACUACGAUAUAUAUAUAGUUUAUAGCUUAAGUCCCACAAGGACAUACCCUUGAAAACCAUGAUUAAACGCAAAAACGCACUAAAGUUACUCAGCUGGAGGCCAAGGCAAGUGUAAGAAAUGUUUUGCAUGUCCACUAUGAUGCAAGGCAAGGAAAAAAUUUAGUAAAUUCUUUUUUUUCUUUUUUUCCUCUCUCUCUCUCUCUCUCUUCCCCCAACUCUUCAAUCCGUUUACUUGCUCCAACAACUUCAUUAAAUCAAGUUUUUGGAGGCUCUCAAAAUGGAUUGGUAUCGCACACCGUGUAGACCGUCGAGAAAAGGCAGCUCAAAUGUGGAAAGAGAAGUCUGCAGGCAGUUCAUCAAUGGAUCUUGUCGCUAUGGUCCGAGUUGUUACUAUCUGCAUGAGUUUCCUGCAGUACCUUCGUUUCAGGUUCAGUGUAGGUACUUCCAGAAAGGUGGCUGCUGGUUUGGUGACCGUUGCAGGUAUCUCCAUGUUCCUCAAGCGGGUGAAGGUUCUUCAGGGAGCAGCAGACGCGGUUCAGCACCUGCGGGGUUCUUCUCUGCGCUGGCGGGCCGUUCUCUGGCUGACCGCCGAGGAUCUGAGCCCUCUCUUCUCCCACAUCAAGGAGCCCGCAGCCUGAAUCGGAGGGGUUCAGAGCCACUGGUCACAAGUAUGAGCGUGCUGCAGCAGAACUUUGAAUGCUUGACUACAGGCAUUGCAGAGGAGGAAGAGUUCGGUGUUGUGGAAGAUGGACCUCCCCAGCAAGGUGCAAUGAGACCACUGCAACAAAUCAGUGCUACAGACUCCAGUUCUUCGCAUAACUACAGCUCAUCAGCCUUUGUUUCUGGCGCAGCACCUGCUGAAGUCCAAAAUGUAACCGUAUCUGAAGCUGAAACGGAGGUGACCGGUUCACCAGAGAGACCAAAUCAGGGUGGUGCUGCAGUAUUGACGGAGCAACAGCAUUCAAGGGCCUUAGACCAAAGCAAAGAUGUGGCCUGUGGCAUCUGCAUGGACAAGAUUUCUGAGAAAUCCACCACUCCGGAACGGCGUUAUGGCAUCCUACCCAACUGCAAUCAUGCUUUCUGCAUCAGCUGCAUUGUUACCUGGCGAAAAACAAAGGACUUCCAGGAGGAUGUCAUCAAGGGCUGUCCACAGUGCAGAGUGAAAUCCUCCUUUUACAUUCCCAGCAAGCACUGGGUCUGUGAUGGGGAGGAAAAGGCAUCAUUGAUAGCCGCUUUCAAAGAAAGAAGCAGUAAGUUAAAGUGCACUUUCUUCAUGCGUCACGGAUGCUGCCCCUUUAAAUCGGAGUGUAUCUACAGCCAUGACAUGCCCCCUAAUCAUACACACCGUCGCAGGCGCUCGGCAUCCAGGGACACAGCUGAGAUGUUGGAGGAUUUGGGCAUUGAUGGCAUCCAACUUUGGAGCUAUAUCUUUGCCCUAACUCUGCUGGAUGAAGACGACGAAGACCUUCUGGAUUUUCUUGAUGACUAAGGACCUUCUAGAGUCAUGUAUAUGUUGGCUCAGCUUUGAGUGAACUUUGCUUAUCUUCUGCACUGAAAUCUAAUGGUCUCUUUGCGGUUGGCUUCACUUAAGCAAGUCCUAAAUGUUUGGCUAAUUGUUUAGCUGUGUAGAUUUACUAUGUGUGUGUGUGGGGUUUUUUUUUUUUUGUGAGUGAAAGUCUUUUGCCUUUAGUUCAAGGGAGUGUGUGGGGGAAUAAGUUUGAAUGCUCAAAUCUCAAACUGAGUGUCUCUUCAGGUUUAGUUGGGGAGAAACCUAGGCAAAAAAAAAGUUAAUGUUAACUGAAUGCAUGAUCACUUAUUUCAGCUUGCUUUUCACUUGUUGAUCGUUUAGUACUUCCAUCUGUGCUGAUUCCUGAUUGUUGCACCCUUUUGUCUGAUACCUUUAUAUAUGAAAUCAGAUUUUAAUUUUGUAUACUUUGUGUAGUAGUUAAUAUUAUUGCCAGUAUUUGCAAAACACUAAAUGUGCAACUUGUCAGCAGGCUUUUGAUUAUAUUGUUCUCUUCAGCAGUGUUAACAGGUUAUACCAGGACUUGAUGUCACAUUUUA